AUGGGAACCAUGGCCCCAAUCGAUGAGAAACCGCCUGCUGACCACCGCAUCGAGGAUAUCGGGGGGAAAGCCGUAUCAAAAAAGAUUCUUCGACGAAUUGAUCUGCGUCUAGUGACUAUGACCGGAUUGGCUUAUUGCAUUUCGCUCAUGGAUCGGACGAAUCUGAGCAUGGCCGCCGUUGCAGGGUUGAAACAAGAAUUGCGACUGGACAUUGGCGAGCGCUAUUCCAUUGUCGUCCUGAUGUUCUUCGUGCCCUACAUUCUCUUCCAGCCGCCGAUGACGGUCAUUAUUCGAAAACUUGGCCCGACAUUUUUCCUGUCCUCGAUUAUUGUAUGCUGGGCGGGCAUCAUGAUUGGAAUGGGAUUCGUGAAGGACUGGGGCGCAUUGGUUGGAACGCGUGUGCUUUUGGGUGUGUUGGAAGCUGGUUACUUCCCUGGCUGCGUUUACUUGCUAUCUUGCUGGUAUACCCGAUAUGAUGUCCAAAAGCGAUUCUCUAUUUUCUAUCUGAUUGGAUGUGUCGCUUCUGCCUUGGCGGGUAUCCUUGCAUUUGGUUUGAUGCAAUUGAACGGCAGGGAAGGGCUGUCCGGCUGGAGAUGGAUCUUCAUCCUCGAGGGAGUGAUUACCGGCGUUAUUGGCAUCCUAUGCUUUUUCUUCCUCGUCGAUUUCCCUGACCGCGCACACAAGUCCUGGCGCUUCCUCAACGAGAGAGAAUGCGCAUUCAUCGUCCGUCGCAUUAACAAAGACAGAAAUGAUGGCGACUUGGAAGCCUUUUCUCUUAAGAAGUUCCUAAAACCUGCAUUGGAUCCUAAGAUCUGGGCCUUUGCCAUGAUCUUCUUCUCUAUCACCACCGUCACUUACGCCAUUGCCUACUUCCUCCCCAUCAUCCUCAGCCUCGGCAUGGGCUACGGCGUCGGCGAAGCCCAAUGCCUCGUCGCGCCACCCUACGGGUUCGCCGGAAUUGUCAUGUACGCCACGGCCUGGGUUGGCGACAAGUAUCGCAUCCGCGCACCGAUUAUCAUUUUCAACUCCUUGCUCGCCAUCAUUGGCCUGCCCAUGAUGGGAUUCGCCAAGAGCGACGCCGUCCGUUACGUGGGCGUGUUCUUCACUGUCGCCGGCGCUAAUGCUAAUAUCCCAUCUUGCAUGGCAUACCAGGCGAACAAUGUGCGCGGCCAAUGGACGCGUGCUUUCUCCAGUGCUAGCCUUGUAGGCCUUGGAGGUCUCGGUGGUAUCGCGAGUAGUUUGGUGUUCCGGGAACAGGACGCACCCGGUUAUCGACCGGGAAUGUAUGCUGCUAUCGCAUGUAAUAUUCUUAUCAUCUUCUUGGCCCUUAGUUUGAGUGUGUGGUUCCGGUACUGUAAUAAGCAGGCGGACCGGGGAAAGCGGGUCAUUGAGGGCGAUGCGGCUUUCCGGUACACGAUUUGA